AUGGCGCGAGGAAAAAAACUUGAAUUGGUGACGAGAUGUUCGAACUGCUACGGGGACAGCCCAAAGGCUUAUAAGAGAGAGCUUAUCCACCCAAUGGCCAAAUGCACGUCCGAGUAUCAGGGCGCCUACCCGGAAUGGCCUUGUCGACCCCGCGAGCCAAGUUUUAAACCCCCUGAAAAGAAUACAUUGAAGAAAACUCGGGAACAAAUGGAGCGAAAAACUACUUACGGGCUUGAUUUCCUGUACCAUGCGCCGGCAAAAAAAGUCUUUCCGAGAACCAAGAAGCAAAAGGGUGCAGAUCAGACGCACGAGCACACGUGCAUGUGUCAGUACGUGACAGACGGGGGCCGCCCGACCACCGGGAUCCGCUAUUGCCCAACCCCUGAGCUGCGCGUGGACAACGCUAAGGUGAUCCAUCCAAACAAUGGGGAACCUUUCGGAGGUGACACAAUUUACGAGGAUUCCUACCCGCCAUACACAGCGUCGGUGAUGCAGACUUGCCGACAGCCACCCAUCAAGGCCAAAGACAAUAUCGAGAGUUCCACCAACGCCGCAAACACUGCCAAGAACAAGUCCACCGCGCAGAGCGACUUUGUGGCGUACGAGAAUGUGGAGCGGCCGGGACUGAUCAUUCCCCUGGAGAAUACGAUCCGCCCUACCGACCCGCUACAGGACCGCACGGAAUACAGGGACUUCUUUACAAACCAGAUGAAGGAUCCUAACAUGUGCAAAACUACCACGGGUACGCGUCCAGAUUCCAAGUUUAACGAUAUCUCCACCGUACAAGCUGAUUACACCUCCCCAAAGGGUUUUGAGCGGCCUAAAGCCUGCUACCCGCCGCAAUCCGACCACUUCAGCGAGACGACGGCCAAGUUUGAUGGUGCUACAACGUUCAGUAGCGCCUACAAGAAGUGGCCUGUCAAUCCAUAUCAGCUGCCCAUUUGGGCAAAGAAACCCACAUACAAGAAGCCCGACGGGACAAUGAUCAAUAAAAGCCUGUAUAUGCACGACUUCCGGGACCCCGUGGUGAUCGGGCAACAACACCCUGUGAAGCCACAACACAACAGCCAGAACAUUAUCAUCGUUAAUGAGGCCGAUCAGUUAAUCCGGCAGUCCACGUACAAUCAAGACUUCCGGGUAUGGCAAGACGUUAGUCCACGCGAGUCGUACCGUAUCAUCGAGGUGUACCAGCCGCCGAAAGAGAAAAUGGUCUGCGAGACAAACCAUCGCUCCCACUUUACAGGACACAAAGCAAGUAAAAUGAAACCAUGUCGUCAUACGUCAGAACAUCGGAUGUUGCACCAAGACCAAAAAAUGUUAUUUGCAACAACCUAUGCGGAUAAUUUUAGAGAUCCCCGGCCGAAGAGUACGCCAUCCAAAACUGCCACAAAUUAUCCCGCAAAUCUUCAACGUUCAAAGUCCGCCCAACCUCCGGCGGUACCCUUUAUGCCGGAAAAUAUAACAUUCUACUCUGGUGGCAACAUUCCAACCCCUGACCUCAACGCUAUGCCACAGCAGACGACAAAUUCCUCGACUUCCGGUUCAAUUUCCGGUAAGGCAGAAAUCAAUUCCGCACGGAAAUCGACGUCAUCAUCAAGAGAAGUAAACAUCUUGAAAUUGGAUAGGGAUUUGGUAGCUUCAGAAGAAUAG